AUGGAGAACGUCACUACAGUGAAUGAAUUUUUUCUACUUGGUCUGACCAGUGUCCAGGAGUUGCAGCCUUUCUUUUUUGUGAUUUUCCUUAUCAUUUACCUGAUAAAUUUGAUUGGAAAUGGAACAAUAUUAUUAAUUAUUAUUCUGGAGCCCAGACUUCAUUCCCCUAUGUAUUUUUUCCUGGGAAACCUUUCUUGUCUGGAUAUUUGCUAUUCUUCAGUGACACUGCCCAAGGUGCUCAUAAACCUCCUCUCCACGCGGAAGGCCAUAUCCUUCCUAGGCUGCAUUGCUCAGCUCCAUUUCUUCCAUUUCCUGGGAAGUACAGAGGCCAUCUUACUAGCUGUCAUGGCUUUUGACCGGUUUGUGGCCAUCUGUUAUCCACUCCGCUACAUGGUCAUCAUGAAUUUCCAGAUAUGCCUCCUGCUGGCAAGUGUAGCCUGGUUCAUCAGCUUCUUUUAUGCUCUGAUGCAUUCAGUCAUGACUGCACGCCUGAACUUUUGCCACUCUCAGAAUGUCAAUCACUUCUUCUGUGAUGUAAAGCCUCUCUUGGAGCUAGCUUGCAAUGACACAUUACUCAAUCAAUGGCUUAUUUCCAUUGUCACAGGCAGUAUAUCUAUGGGGGCUUUCUUCCUGACCCUUCUCUCCUACUUUUAUAUUAUUGGUUUCCUAUUAUUCAAACACCAGUCCUGCAGUGUGCUCCAUAAGGCUCUGUCCACUUGUGCCUCCCAUUUCAUGGUGGUGUGUCUCUUCUAUGGACCUGUGGGCUUCACAUAUAUUCGACCUGCCUCAUCCUCCUCCAUGGCUCAGGACCGAAUGGUUGCCAUCAUAUAUAGUGCAGUUACCCCAGUCCUGAAUCCACUGAUAUACACUCUUAGGAACAAAGAAGUUAUGUUGGCUCUGAAGAAAAUCUACAUGAAAAAGUUUGUGUUUAAAGAUUUCCAGAAACAUCACUAG